UCACGACGGGCGCACUGUGAGUACGUCACGCAGUGUGUGACGGCCACUACAAGCUCCGCCCAUCCAUGACUCCGGCGACCGCUCGGUCAUCUUCCGGGAACUGCGGCCGCCAUUUUGUAGAAGACAGACAGCGCAGACGCCGCGUACACUUUGCACAACUUUGUAUUGAAUUAAAGAGAAAGGAUGACUGUAUGUGCUGCAUAUGGCUGUAAGAAUCGCUUGUCCAAGGGAUGUGGUAAGCAUUUUUUCAGGUUUCCCAUGAAAAAUCCAGAAUAUCUUGCUAAAUGGCUGGCAGUCAUUCGACGUGACAAGUGGAAGCCGUCCAUAUACAGCAGGCUAUGCAGUGACCAUUUCACAGAAGAGGAUUAUAUGUUGCGUCCUGGGGCUUCAUACCCUUAUCUGCGCCUGGAUGCCGUGCCUUCCUUUAUUGAUGGUGUCCGAAUUAAAAAAGAGCCUGUGAAAAAACCUCCAAAAAAGAAAGAUGACAUCCCAUCUUCCUCAGGUUUGCAGCACAAAGCGCAGCUCGCAGCCCCUGCCGCAGAAGCAGGCAUGUCCGUCGAGCACUCCUAUUCUUCUGUUUCUAACAAGGAAAAUCUCCGUACUCCUAAAGUGGAUCCCGUCCUUAUCAACUUAAGAAGGAAGAAGAACACCUUGCAGAAACAAGUGCUGCGGCAGAAGGCCAGGAUCACCAACAUGAAGAAAAUGAUUAUGCAGCUGAGAAGUAGCAUGCUGGGAAGUGAUCCCGUACAGCUUGUGUCCAAGCACUUCAGUGGCUUAACAUUAGAAUUGUUUAAGCAUCAGGUGCAGAAUAACAAGAAAACCAAAGGAUUCCAUUUCUCUAAGGAGAUCAAAGGUUUUGCAGUGACUCUGUAUUCCUAUUCCCCGAUGGCUUAUGAAAUCUGCAGAACAGUUUUGUGCUUACCAGAUCUGUGCACGUUAAAAGAAUGGAUGCCGUCCAUAGUGGAGAAGUCUCAUUGUGACUUACUCAUGGAGACUGAAACAACCAAUUGAAUGGAAUACAAAGUCAAACAAAAGGAAUACAUAGAAGUGAUGAGGGACAAUUGUUCACUGAUAAAAUGAGGACAGGUUACAACAUAUCAUUUUUAUUUUUGAAGUUCUGAUUUAAAUACCGUCUUUGUUCUCAAAAUGCUCUGCAACAUUGAACUUUUAUAGGAGAGCGUGUGCAGCCUGUAAGCAUGUAGGGUUAUACAGGACAUGCAUGGGGAUAAAAGACAUAGAUUAUUUUGACCCUCUGUACUUUAUUUACGGUAGGAAACUAAUCCAGCAAAACAAUUGCGCCGGAUGAGGGGGGGAGUACACAUUUUUAAAAUUGUUCAGAAAGAUUUAGGUGGAUAGCAGGGCGAGUCCCAGAUCAACCGUAAAUCACAUUACAAAAAAAAUAGUCGCCCAGUAUCUGUUUACUACAAGGAUUGUCCAGAUGCAAAUUUGCACCCUUUACCUGGAUUUGCUCCUUGCUCUGAUUGAGGCUCCCUGCUCUUGCCAGUAGGUCCGAUCUAGUUGAGUUACAGUUAGCUUGUCCUUACCAUAAACUAUGUAGGGUCUGCAUUUAGUUCUCGCUAGGAGACAGGGAAUUAAUUUGAUUGUGUUGGUUGUCUGCAGCAGCCACUGUGGCUGUUGCGCAGUAUACACCUUGCAUAAUUGACUAAUAUUUUAGCUGCGGGGUUACAAUAGUUUACAAUUAAAAUGUUGUCCUCUGUUAUGGGAAAAUUAGUAUUGUUCUGUAUGAUACUCAGUGGUUCAGUACACACUGGUAUAACUGAAUUUGGUCAGCAAGGGAAAAAUAGUGCACAGUGAUCAAUUUUGUAUCAUCAAGUUUCACUACCAAAAGCCACAGUUUGUAUGUGUCCUAUUAAGUCAUGAGGUGAAUACAAGGCCAACUUUCCCUAGUUUAGGCUGCUUGCUAUGACCCACCACUUAGUGCGUGUUCAAAUAAACAUAAGCUUUGCUUGA